GACGGAGGGGGCGGGGCGACGCCGGAUCUGCCUGGGCGGGGCCUUAUGACGCGACCUCACGUUCCCUGGUCUCGCGGCUCAUUGGCUCUCCAUUACCGCCCUUUUCCGGGGCAGGGAAGUUGGGAAGCUGGUCGCGGAGCCGGAAGCGAGGUAGCCCUCGGCUUCGAGACAGCGGCGGCGGCGUUUAGAGGAGGGCGGCCCGGUGCCAUUGGAGCCGGCCAGCUUCCCCACUCAGGCUCCAACCCGAGUUGGGGAAGACCUCCAGCAUUCUGGUGGCCUAGGGAAGGGCGCUGAGUCAGAUCGCGAAAGAUCCGAAGCAGAUCGAAAUAGCGGGGCCGCUGAGGGCCGCCGGCAGCCCCGGCCUUAGGAGGAGUCCCGCAGCGUCGCCGCGGAGGAGAGAACCCAAAGGGACUGCCCCUGGGGCUGAGCCCGCCGGCCAUGGCCACGCCCCCGGGGGCCGGUCCCGCAGCUCUGCGCUUGGCAGCCGCGGCCACCUGGCAGGUGGUUCGCCGACGCUGCGUGGAGCAGUUUCCGCAAGUGUUGGAGUUUCUGCGAGCCCUGCGCGCUGCUGCCCCUGGCUUGGUUCGCUAUCGGCACCAUGAACGCCUGUGUAUGGGCCUAAAGGCUAAGGUGGUGGUGGAGCUGAUCCUGCAGGGCCGGCCUUGGGCCCAGGUUCUGAAUGCCCUGUAUCACCACUUCCCAGAGCCUGGACCUGUACUGCGGGACCCCAAAACUACAAAGCAAGAUCUGAAGAAGAUCUCAGAGGCAGAGGAAACCUUUCGCCAGCAGGUGAAGCAGCUGGCAGAGGCUCCUGUGGACCUGGCUUCGAAGCUGCAGGAGCUUGAGCAAGAGUAUGGGGAACCGUUUCUGGCUGCCAUGGAAAAGCUAUUUUUUGAGUACUUGUGUCAGAUGGAAAAAGCACUUCCCCCCCUGGAGGCACAACAGCUUCAGGAUGUGCUGAGUUGGAUGCAGCCUGGAGUUUCUAUCACUUCUUCUUUUGCUUUGAGCCAAUAUGGUGUGGACAUGGGAUGGCCACUUUCAGAGUGCUCUGAUGCUGAUUCAGUGAACGUGACAGAGCCCAUGGAGCAGAGUCCUCCUCAGCAACCAAGACUAGCACUCCAUGAUCCUCUGCCAGAAACCAGGCCUGGCCCAUACCUUCCUCAGGGACCAGCGUCAAGGAAGCACCCAGAACCUUUGGCUGGCCACCACUUCAAUCUGGCCCCUCUAGGCCGACGACGAAUCCAGUCCCAAUGGGCAUCCACUAGGGGAGGCCAUAAGGAACGCCCCACAGUCAUGCUGUUCCCCUUUAGGAAUCUGGGUUCACCAACCCAGGUCAUAUCUAAGCCUGAGGACCAGAAAAAAUAUGGGACACACAUGGCAGAUCCAGCAGGUGCUGUGGGCACAAGAGCAGCCUCUACGGGAAAGCCUAAGAAUGCAUCCCAGACCCUGGGGGGAAGGGCUCUGAAGGAGAACUCAGUUGACUUGUCUGCCUCGGAGCAAAAGGAGAAUUGCUUGGAUUGCCCCAUGGACCCCCUGAGAUUGUCAUUAUCACCUCCUAGGGCCAGGAAGCCAGUGGGUCCUCCAUCUCUGUGCAGCUCUGUCAUUACCAUAGGGGACUUGGUUUUGGACUCUGAUGAGGAAGAAAAUGGCCAGAGGGAAGGAAGGGUGAGUAGGAAGGAAGAGAAAGCUGGAGAAGGUGAUGGGCAGAAUAAGACAGAGAAACCUACAUGCUCCAGAAUAUAGAGGGCUCAGGGGAUAGUUUCAGAUGAUGAUAGGAUCUCCCCACUCCCUUUUCUGCAGGAGUCUCUGGAUAACUAUCAGAAGACAAAGUUGGACACCCUGAUCCCCACCUUCUGUGAAUACCUCCCCCCUUAGGCCCCAGUGCCGUGUCUGUCCCUUCCCAUGACCAUGCAGACAGCUCUAGACUCCUCUGAUAGGACUGGAAUGCCUUCUGCACUCUGUUCUCUCCUUCCUCCUCAGCUGUACACGCAGUUUAGUGGGAAUAAAGUGGAAGUCCAAGCUUGA